UUAGGUUUUGGAAAUAUAAGUGAGCCGGUGACGCUUUGGCAGUAAGAUAGGAUGGUGCCAUGAGUGGCCGUGAGUGCCGUGGUCUCUUUUCAUCCAUCCUUCAGGAGGAGACACAACAGUUGUAUAUCACUAGUAAUUAAUACCGACGAAAUGGCAGGAUGAGCGACUGAUUACCUCAUCUUCCACUGUCUGCUGUAUAUAUUUCUGCUGACCUGAUAUUAUGUCCAUGUAAUGUAUUGAUAAAACCACUGGAUGGCGAAACGUCUACAAGUAAAGAUACACAAACGUUGCACAUGAGUCUGGCUCAUCAUCGGAGAUAACAAUGAUCAGAGGGAAAACCGUCACCACGAAGCAGGUUCAUCGUUGUGGUGUCACGCGGAACACCAUCAGGGCUCCCACCGUCAGUAUCUCUCAGAACACCACCAGGGCUCCCAGCGUCAGUACCUCUCAGAACACCAUCGGGGCUCCCAGCGUCAGUACCUCUCAGAACACCAUCAGGGCUCCCAGCGUCAGUAUCUCUCAGAACACCAUCAGGGCUCCCAGCGUCAGUACCUCUCAGAACACCACCAGGGCUCCCAGCGUCAGUACCUCUCAGAACACCAUCGGGGCUCCCAGCGUCAGUACCUCUCAGAACACCACCAGGGCUUCCAGCGCCAGUACCUCUCAGGACACCACUAGAGUUCACAGCAUCACCACUUCUCUAUAUCAGCACCUCAAGACACCACCAAAGCUCACAGCAUCACCAUUUCUCUAUAUUACCACCUCUGAGGACACCAUCUUGGCUCUCAGCAUCCACACCGUUCCUCCUAGCGCCCCUGUAAUCAGGAAUCUUUAUACCAGUCUGUGUCCCUGGCUGUGACGUUUACGACUGUCUGCCGUAGAUGAUGAGCCAGUCUACGUAAUCAUUCAUGUUUAUUACGUAUUGUUCUCCCUUGGUUGAUGAUGGUGAAAGUGUGCUUUUGAGGUCAUUAUUAAAAGCCAGAGUAAUACUUGCUGGAACAUUUGUUACACUCUCUUUCCAUUGCAAUUAUAUGAGAAUAGACAUUUUAAUCACGAUGGAGAUAGACACACAGACUGAUGUAAUGAUACAGCCAGAGGCAGUGAAGACAAAGGUAUGAAGAGACAGUUGGACAAGGAGAGACAUACAGAGAAAUGGGUAGAGUAGAAAUAUAUUCAUUUAUGGAAAAAACAUCAGGUAUGUACACAGCGUAUACACUACAAUGCAACAUAAAUCAACAGUGCAACACAUUUCAGUCCAAGACAAUACGGUACAAUAUUAUCAAGCAGAAUUAAGACCAAAGCCAAUUUAAUACACAAUAUUAAAGGAAACUUGAUAGACUGUAAAGGAGACUUGAUAGACUCUAUGCCAAAACAGGGUUGAUCAACUAUCCUAUAGAUUGUAUGGUUAAGGCAGAUUUAUAGACUGUUUGGUAACUACACAAAUGACUUAUUUCUGAGGUAGAGCUGGUCAUUAAGAUCCUAUUGGUUUACAGGCAAGAAAAAAUACUUGCAAAUCAACCUUAGUCCUAUUUAGUUCCUUGUAAAAUAAUUGUUCCUUGGCAAUUAUUUGGUACAGUUUCCAAAUACUUUCUUGGAAUUUAUUCCUCUGCCUCAGAUAUACACAUUAUGAUAAUUUAUUAAUCUGUCUAGGGGGUUCAUUUUCCAUAAUUGAGUAACGUGGGCUUUAUUACAGUAAUUGCAAUCUAAUGUUCAGCUAUAUUGCAUAUGCAUGUCAUUUGCAAAUCUAGUUAGUGAAGGUCCACACGGGGCCGCUAUCUACAGGCUCUACUCUAAAUACCUUUCCAAUGAUGGUCCAUAUAAGGAGGACGCGAGUUUAACAUCAUUAGCUAGGUAAACGACACACACACACACACACACUCGUUCUUGUACCUUUGCUUCAUAUUACAAAUAUUUCUAAUGUGCCUUCGGUAAUAUCCAGAGAAUAUUGCUAGUGAUGGAGAUAUUAUUAUUAUUAUUAAUUAUUUAUAAUUAUUAUAUUCUUAUUAUUUCUAUAAUAUUGGGAGGCGCUAAACCCAUAGGGGCCAUACAGCGCCUGGAGAAAUGAAAGGCAUUCGGGCUCGAUUCAAGGUCUGAAUCCUUUCAUCAAGAGCCUCUCACCAGCAUCAAGACAGAGAGAAUGAGAAUGGAAACUCGAGGGAUACCUUUUUUUUUUAUCUAAUUUAAGAAAUUAUCCAAAUGCAAGUUUGCUGUACGAGACGAGAAUACAGACCAGUAACUUGCUUGGUGAUUGCCACUAGUUGCUAAGAAACAGGUAAUUAGAGAGGCUGUCUGUCUCGUUUUUCAUGUCAGCAGAAAAUUACUCUUAACACUCGUGUUCUUGAAAUUGCGAUUGUUUAUACCAUCAUCACUAAAACUGUGUUUUUAUUUUUAAUUUGCAAAUAUGUUCAAGAAUACGAAAAAUUUAUUAACAUAUCUGUAAGUUUCAAAAUUUCGAGGAUAAUAAUAAUAAUAAUAAUAAUAAUAAUAAUAAUAAUAAUAAUAAUAAUAAUAAUAAUAAUAAUAAUAAUAAUUAGUGAUAAUAUCAUCAGUGCUGUUAUAACUGAAUAUCACAUUCCCUUAGCAGCAGCAAACCAUUAUGGAUCAUACAGCACCUAAGGAGCGAGAUUUAAUGUUGCUGUUGUUUAUGGUGCAGUUGCAUGUUGCUACUGCUUAUGAUGUACGUAGUUCGCAUGUUGUUACUGUCUGUGGCAUUAGUGCAUCAGUUACCUUUUCAUCUUAGUGGUGAUUCUGAUGUAUUUAUAUUGGUGACAUAUUGAUCCUGGAAUAAAACAAAAUGAUAAAUUCAAAGUGAUAGCUUUGAUGGCACUGUAAUUGACAUCAGCGUAUCAGUACUCAAUCUAGGUGGUAAAUGUUUAUACCUGCCAGGUAUAUAUGCCACCACUGGUUGUGGUUCA